AUUUACAUGCACGGACUUCCUUUAUUGAGAAAACCGCCAUUAUUCUAACAGCAGCAUAAUAGCGAGUAGUCAUUUAAAAAACUUUACCUAAAAAUAUUUUCUAUGUCGCUACCGCCUGCACCGGGAGAAACAACACAAAGCGGGCAGCGUGCGCUUUUUCUGCUUCCGCAUAAAAACACAUCACCAUGGAGUUUAACAAGACCAUCCUCAUCGAACGCGACGACGGCGAUGCCACGCUAUUGGAACCCGGGCGGUGGGCGACCUUUCACUGCAGGCAGUGCAACACGGUGCUGGGAGACUCCAUGUCUGUGUGCGGGGAGCUCAAAUGUUUGGACUCCAUCAUAUUUUGCGGCGUCACCGAUAACGUGGAAGUGAGUCGUGAAAUGGAAUGUGGAAAUAAAGGAGAACUGGCUAACUGCAUUUUCAGCUCCUUGAUGUGUGGCGAGUGCGGCUGCACAGUGGGGAAAGUGGUGCACGCAGCGCCGCAACAUCUGGCCGCGGCCCGCUCCCUCUUCCUCCUCCACAAGAUGCUAGUCGCAUGUUAUGUGCUGGACACCUGCUCCAUGGUGAAAGCGUCCGCCUUGUCUUUUGAGAUUAAGCCGCUCAUGGAAAGCAUCAACGAGGUGAGGCAGCAGUUUGAACUGUACUUUGAUGACAUGAAAAGCCGCCUGGCGGAAGUAAGGAAGAUCAGAAGCAAGGUGGACAAGUGAUGCCCGUGUUUAUUGUGAGGCCAAACAAAAAAGAUGUUGUUCAAAUGCCACAUUUUAUGAAUAUAAUAUGCCGUAUGAUGCCACUGAAAAAAUGUCAGGAUCACCAGCUGAACUUUAUUUGGGGAUGCGCCGACUCCAAUUUACCCCGGGUUCGAAUGCGAUCGUUGUGGUAUUAGUCGUUCUGUGUAGACAGGUCAAAGGUCACAAUAAUACACACACAAGGCCUGUCAUUGGCACCAUGCUGCAUUUUAUUCUCAUCAUUACUAUUGCUGAG